CAUUAGUUGAGAAGAGAGAACCUGGAAUACAACAAUUUUCAAAUUUUAAUUGAGCUCCUAAACGGAUUAAUAUCUCUCAAGAGUGGUGUGGAGGCAAAGACUGGGGAGAGGCAGAAGAGAGGUGAACUGAACCUGAGGUGUGGUAUACUGUUGAUUCAAUCUGAGGACUUUAACAAUAACUUACUGCACAGACAGAUUUCUUCAUCAUGGCCAAUCAGCAUCUACCACUGUCUCAGGAGACUUUAGCUCAGUUCAAUCGCUCCAUGUCCACAGAACCAGGUGCUUCGGGGCCUCCAAGGCGACGUCUGGGCUCUAUCUCCACUCGCCGAAGCUCCAAAGACCAGCCCCACCACAGACCCCUGUUUCUCAGGAGCAUGACGGUUCCUUCAUCCGAGUUAUCGUUCUUGAGCCCCAACGUCAGCAAUUCUCACAUCUCCAUGGGCAAGCGGUUCUCAUUCGCAGGCUGGCACCAGGGAGGAAGAGUGAGCUUCUCUGGACUAUACCUUCAACAACCCAUCCAGGAGGUGUAUGUGGAGAACACCUACAGAAUGGGACCAGAACCAGGGUGCCAUUUCAGUGCCAGCAGGACCCAGCAGAUCUUACAGGCCAUUUUGGAUAGUUAUUUGGAAGGUGUGUGUUACAGUCCUGAUAGUUGUAGCCAGCUGUGUCAGAUGUUAGCAGAUCUAGUUCUCAGUAAACUAAAAGAUGUCAAUCCACCACGAUAUAAACUCGUGUGCCAGGUGGUGGUCGGGCAGAGUGGUAAACAAGGUAUAAGGAUGGCCAGCCGUAGUCUGAUGAACCCCAACACUGACAACUACACAUCUGCUGUUUUCCAUAAUCACUCACUGUUUGCGGUGGCUUUAGUACACGGCUUGUACUUUGAAUGAAGGCUAAAUCAACAGCCCUUAAUAGGUGUACACAAUGCAUGCUUAAAAAAAGUGAAUAAUAUUCUCUUUAAAGAUUCAAACUAAGGCUGCAUUUAUUCGAGUAAAAACCGUAAUAUAGUGAAAAAUAU